CUUAAAAACACCAACACAACACAUUGUGCAUGACCACAUGGAUACCAACCUCAACACUACAUUCACAAACGUUAACACCACUUACAAUCACGAGACCAUGACCACAGAUCAACCCAACAUCAUCCUCCACGAUCAUCACCAAAUUCCAAUGGGUGUUGGAAUUUGGUCCAAUCACCACCACCCUUUUCACACACAACCCUCUUCCUCCUCAUCCACUAAUUUCCUAACCGACGUCUUGGGAAUCGAGUUUGAAGAAGAGGAAGAGGAAGAGCUCGGAGCGAUGAAGGAGAUGAUGUACCAGAUGGCAGCGAUGCAACCGGUCGACAUAGACCCCGCCACCGUCAGAAAACCCAAGAGGCGAAACGUCCGCAUAAGUGAUGACCCUCAGAGUGUGGCUGCACGUCAUAGAAGAGAGAAGAUCAGUGAGAAAAUCCGUAUCCUUCAAAGACUUGUCCCUGGUGGAACCAAAAUGGACACUGCUUCCAUGCUUGACGAAGCCAUUCGCUAUGUCAAGUUCUUGAAGCGACAAAUCAGGUUGCUUCAAUCAACACCACAACUUCACUCCGUUAAUGCCACUGCUCCCAACUCCGAUUGCCCUUUUGCACCAACUACAUUGAACGCUUCCACCUCCGUCAACCUGCCUCUUGGAAUCCAAUUCAACGCCGGAAUUCAUGACCAUGCCGCUCAUUCCCUCCACCUUCAACAUUCAUCGGGGGACAAUGAAAAUGAGGAAAGGAUUCAAGUGUAA